AUGACGAUGUUCGACAGCAGACUCUUCUUGGUUCUCCUGGCUGUUCUUGUGCCAUCCCUGGGAUCUGUUCCUGGGCCUAAUGAGCUUCCCGACAAGCUUCAGAAUCUCCUAGACCUCCUGGUAGACGCUAAGGCUGAUUUCCAGGCGUUGCUGGGCUUGUCCAUCAUCUGGACAUCGGUGACCGGGGGACCUGUGGAUCAGCACGCCACCAAGGAAACCAGAGCUCUGUAUCACAGCAUGCUGAAGUUGGCUCGCACCCCCAACAAGUUCAUGUUUGGGCACCAAGAAGACACCUGGAUAGGAAUCUCUCCUGCCCGUGGGAACUACCAGACUGCACAAGUUGACAACAAUGACGAGGACGAGUUAUCUGACAUCCGGAGCGUCACAGGCGAGUAUCCAGCCAUUGUUGGAUUCGACUUCAAAGACUUCCAGGAUGAUCAAAUAAAGAUAUUGACCUAUCUUGUCAAAAAGGCCCAUGCUAGAGGACAGGUGAUCACGGUGUGUCAGCACGCCAGCAACCCUGUCACAGGCGGUUCCUUCCAUUUAUACUGGGACAAUGGCACCGUGCUCCAUACUCUGCGACGGUCUCUCCCAGGUGGGGAUGCCAAUCCCAAAUUCAAAGCCAACUUAGACAAAAUAGCUUCCUGGGCCAACAACAUGAAGGACGAGAAUGGCCGACUUAUUCCGAUCAUUUUCCGAUUGUUCCACGAAGCCGACGGUGAUUGGUUCUGGUGGGGUCUCAAUAAUCGAUGUCAGAACACCCCUACAGAUAUCAGGGACAUCAUGAAGUAUACUAUAUCCUAUCUGAGGGACACAGGGAACGUCCACAACUUCCUCUACACAUUUACCAUCGACUGCUUCACUAAAACAGACAACUUCCACCUUCUGUAUCCUGGGGAUGAUUACAUAGACAUCAUAUCUGUUGACUACUAUUACAAAUAUACCCCUACCACUACGAAGGACAUUCUGAAGACGAAUAUUGCCAAUCUUGUGGACAUUGCAGAGUCCCGUGGUAAGAUUCCUGCUAUUGCAGAGGCAGGCAUGGCAGAUGACGGGCUGUUUAACCAUACCAACGCGUGGACAGACAAUUAUCUGUCGGUGCUCAAGACACAACCGAAGUUGACUCGCAUUUUGUACAUCUUAGGUUGGCAUAACAGAUGUUUGAUAAACGACUACUGUCCAUUCUAUGUCCCCUUCAAGGGAUUUAAAGGAGCUGCUAUAUUCAGGGACACUUUCUAUAAGGAUCCAGUAACGGUAUUUGAGAAAGAAAUACGAAGUUUGAAAGUGUAUGGUUAA